AAUAUAGAAUCCAAAAAGCUGUAAAAGCCCCUUUGCCUCUGUAUCUCUUUAUCUGUGAUUCUUUGAGCAUUAAACCCUCCACAAACUCACAGCACUCUCUCUGGGCUUCAUCUUGCAAAAGCCCAAAUCCACAGUUUUGCUCAAAAUCAAAAGUCUAGGUGCCAGUCAAGUCUUUAACUCCAAAUCAAACUCAUCUGGAAUUUCCUCUACUCCCAUAAAUCCCCAAAUCCCAUUCAACCCCAUAACAAAGGCUUCGAUUCUUUUCUGAAUGAAAACCCAAUCCCAGAUUCCGAUUCCUCUUCGUUAAUUAUCGAAUCGGUUAGGGCUUUGCUUGAUCGGUAGGAUCCAAGUUGCUUGGCUUUUCGGUAAAGUAUCGAACUUUGUAGCGGAGCUCUGCUAUGAGGUAGGCUUGAGUUUUGAGCUGUGAUGGCUUGCCAAAAUACAUCGACAUCAAUAGUGCCUUCAGAACCGUCCGAGCAAAGAGGAUCUUAUAUGCUAGAUGCAAACACGAACGCACUUCAAGCUCCAAUGAACCAGCCAAUCCGAAGCUUCUGUGAAGGUCCUGUGGCUAUCCUUUGGGAUAUUGAAAACUGCCCUGUCCCAAGUGAUGUUCGUCCUGAAGAUGUAGCUGGUAACAUAAGAAUGGCUUUGCAGGUACAUCCUGUAAUUAAAGGAGCUGUUGUUACGUUUGCUGCGUAUGGGGACUUUAAUGCCUUCCCUAGGCGGCUCCGCGAGGGAUGUCAGAGAACUGGUGUUAAACUCGUUGAUGUUCCAAAUGGAAGAAAGGAUGCGGCUGACAAGGCCAUCUUGGUUGAUAUGUUCUUGUUUGCCCUUGACAAUCCUCCACCAUCUUCCAUCAUGCUGAUAUCUGGGGAUGUUGAUUUUGCUCCAGCGCUCCAUAUACUUGGGCAACGUGGGUACACAGUGAUUCUAGUAAUACCUUCUGGAGUGGGCGUUUCAUCUGCUCUCAGCAAUGCAGGAAAGUUUGUGUGGGACUGGCCUAGUGUGGCUCGUGGGGAAGGGUUUGUGCCUACAACCAAGUUUCAAAUGCAUCCUCGUGGAGGACAGGCUGAUAUUGCUGGCUAUUUCAUGGGUUGCCAUAUUAAUGAUCAUAUGGAUGAAGAAGAAGCUAUUUUAUACAGGGGGAUCUCACAAAGCUAUUACAAUUCAAGAGAUUUUUCAAUAGUGUCACAAUCUUUAUCUGAAUAUAACAGUAGUUCCUUAAUGAUGCCUGGCGGUCCUGCUGCCUUGAGGUCACACAGUCUCCCAUCUGGUCUCAAUGAAGUUCCUGCUGGACCUAUUAUUUCCACUGAUCAAAAUGAAUCUACUUGGUGGGUUCAACCAGGGGACCUAAAUGGUCUGAGGGCACAGCUUGAAAAGUUACUUGAACUUUCUGGAGGUUGCAUGCCUCUUACUCGAGUUCCUUGCGAGUAUCAGAAAGCUUUUGGAAGACCUCUCUAUGUAUCAGAGUAUGGCGCAUUUAAGCUUGUUAAUCUGUUUAAGAAGUUGGGUGACACAAUGACGGUAGAUGGUAAAGGGCAUAAGAAAUUUGUUUACCUCCGAAACUGGAAAACAGGCCCUAGUGCCCCACCUCUGAUUUCAACUGGGAAGGAUAAUAGUAGGAAAGGGAAGGGGACUCAGGAAGAGAGUAUGGCUAUUAUUACAGGUAAUGGCUCAUCAGAUGAGUUCUCAGAGGAGGAAAGAGUAGUUGUAGAGGAGCAUGAUGAUAACCUAGAGCACUUCAAAUAUGAGUUGCAGGAGAUUCUUGUUAGCUACUCUUGUCGGAUUUUUUUGGGUUGUUUUGAGGCUAUCUACCAGCAAAGGUACAAAAAACCCUUGGACUGUCAAAAGUUUGGUGUCGAUCAACUGGAGGAGCUGUUUAAGAAGGUGACUGAUGUGGUGGUGUUACUUGAAGAGCCUAUUAGCAAGAGGAAGUUCCUGGCUGCAAGCGGUGGCUGACAAAAUCAGCUUGCUGUUGUUUUUAGCAAUAGUCUGAUGUUUUCAUCUUGUGUGUGCGCCAAAGGCUUUAGGUAUGCUUAUGCAGCCUGGUGUUUCUUCCUCGCCUUUUUUCAAUUUUUUAUUUAGGACACAGAGAAAGAAAAAAAAAGAUGACAGUAGAGGCUGGGAGCACGUUUUUUAUGUUCAAUGUGUCCCGCAUAGAAUUGAUGUUUACUACUGACAUUUCUAUGCAAGACUCAUGCCCAGUCAUUUGUAACUGAUCAACUGCUAAUGGUAGAUCUAAAUGUAAAUUUACAUGUAUGUUACUUCUCUGUGUGAUUAUAGUAAUAAACAGAAGUUAAAGUCUGCUGCACCCCCAACAAAA